UUUAUUUUAACCGACAGAAAACCUCAGAAGGGCUGAUAGUGUGGUCGCUCAGUUCGAUUAUUACACCGUUCUCAAUGCAACCAUAACAACAAACAACUGCGUGAGGGAUUUACAUCGAUCUCAAACCCUCGCCAUUCAGAUGUUCAUCAUGAGUGCGCAGGUGGAUGUGAUUCAUGCUGAUGAACAGCAGAUGCUGCAGACACCAGUGAAGAUUGAAGUGAAGCAGGAGGAGAUAAAAGAAGAAAAGACAACAGAGGAACAUCAGAGUGGUGAAGUUGUUCCUGCAGAGCUGAUGGAAGUGAAAAAGGAAUGUGAAGAACUGAAUGAAGUGAAGGACGAAAAGCAAGAUUUCAUAUCUGGAGAAAAAUGUUUGAGUGUCUCAAACACUAAAAAGAAUUUAUCUCCAAGAAGGCCUCGAAGAAGUGCAGCCAAGAAAUCUUUCACCUGCUCUCGGUGUGGAAUGUGUUUCACAAGUAAUAGCAGUCUUAAACAGCAUCAAGUUUCAACAUCAGAUUCAAUCACUUCCCAGCAUGUUUGCCUGGAUAGUGACGAAGAGUUCACAAUUUCUUCAGACGAAGAGUGGGACCCCAACCAUGAACUGUUUCAUUUUGAAGAGGGACUUGAUCCAGCCGAGGAUACAAUUGCGGAUGACGAUGAGAAUGAUAGUGAUCAGACACCUGUUGCAAAGAGGGCAAAGAAGGCCAAGACAAGGAAAAAGCAGUCCACUCUGUCAUGGAAAACAGAGACUGAUAUUGACACGGUUCCCCAGACUCUGAAAUUUCUGCCUGCACGGGAACCUGGACCACAGCUGAGUCCUGCUGAUGCACACACUCCCUGAGUC